CCCUUAUCCAUUUUCUCUGACACUUCAUUUCUUCCAUAUCUUUUACAUGAAUUAAAACGACAGGUUCUUUCGAUUUCAUUAUGUGGCUUGCCUCAAUUUAUGGUUCUAGAUCACAAAUCGAGUCUGACCUGUCAAUAGUUUGGUCAUGUUCUUGUUGUAUAUAAACACCCAUUGAUUUAACACAAAGAGGGCAAAGUUGUAAGAAAAUAAAAAAAGGGGUCAAAAAGAACAAAAAAUCAAAUUUUGGGGGGGCGACACCAUAAAAUAAAGAGAAAAAGCAGAGUCCAGAAUCCGUUGCCUUGCCCGCAUCUGCAACUGGAAAACACAAAAACAGACGCCACGAUGGAUGAAUGAUUUCGCAAAUCGUCGAGAUUUUGGAAUUCGAUGAAGAGCGUAUCAACCUGGGCUUUGUCUUUCUUCUCCGACGAACUUUCUCGGCGAGCUGUUUCCGAUUGUUAUUUAUGGACCACCGCGAUUUCGCUUCUCUUAAUCCUUCUCCUUCAUAUCUUCUUUUCCACUAAAUUUCGCUUCUUCACUUCUGCUCCUUCUUCUUCUUCUUCUUCUUCUUCUUCUUCCUCUCCCUCUACAGAAUCAGUUCCCGCGAACUCUCAAUCAAGGAUAUCCAAACUAGUCUCUGAUGAAGAUUUGAAAUUUCUGAUCGAGAAUUUGGAGGAGGAAACAAAUGAUUCCACGGAGAUAUGGGAACAUGUUAUUCACAAAAGCAACGAUCGCAUUUCAUACUCUGCUAAACGCUGCAAACCCAAAGAUGGCGGUGGUCCUAUGAAGUACCUAAGUGUCACGGUCUUCGAGGGUUUCUCUGCAGAGAUUGUGAGGGACUUUUACAUGGACAAUGAUUAUAGGAAACUAUGGGAUAAGACUGUGGUUGAGCAUGAGCAGUUGCAGGUUGAUAGUAAUACUGGAAUUGAGAUUGGUCGCACCAUUAAAAAGUUUCCCUUGUUGACAUCGAGAGAGUACGUUCUAGCUUGGAGAUUGUGGCAAGGAAAGGAGAAGAAGUUCUACUGUUUCACAAAGGAAUGUGAUCACAAUAUGGUACCACAACAGAGGAAGUAUGUACGUGUAAGUUACUUUAGAUCUGGUUGGCGAAUCAGGCAAGUUCCCGGUAGAAAUGCGUGUGAGAUCAAAAUGUUUCACCAGGAGAAUGCUGGGUUAAAUGUUGAGAUGGCCAAGCUCGCCUUCUCAAAAGGCAUAUGGAGUUACGUUUGUAAGAUGGAAAACGCUCUUUGUAAAUACAUAGCAACCAGUCAUAGAACCCAAGGACCCAUUCUAUCUGCUGUCACCUUAAUGAAAGAGGUUCCAUCAGAGUUAGAAACUGGGACAGAUAAUGUCACAGGCUCCAUGGAAACAAGUAGUGGUGAAGGAGUGUUGAGUCAUGUUGUAGCCGCCAAACAGAAGAAAAAAAUGAGAAAGCCAUCAACGAAACUGAUAGCAAAAGGUCUAGUACUUGUGGGCGGUGCGAUCUGCUUGUCCCGUGGUCCCUCAGCCUUAGGUGCUAAAGUCGCAUUGGCUUACCUCUUGACGAAGCUGAACAAACGUGGAACUUCUCUGAAUCAGACCACCCAGACCACCACCAUUUAAGUAAAUUUCUCCUGAACUCUGGUAGCUUUUGGUAUCAAAUUGUUGUACCACAGUAGUACUACCACUAGCGUAUACAAAAUGCAAGUCGGUGUUGAUAUGAAUGUAAAAGCAUACAUUAUAAACAUACAAGCCUAAAGGUUAUCAUUCUUGUAAUUGUAUGUACUAUGUAAGGUCUUUAUCCCAAUCAAUCUUUACUUGAUUCUUGAGUCACUACAAAUUGUUCGAUUGUAGUUGAUAUUGGGACAGAUGAACAUUAGUGACAUUAAAGUUGAGACUAAAGAGAAAGCUUAUGAGGUCUACUUUUAGCCCUUCUUUUUGG